AGGACCCAGGAGCGGCGGGUGCGAGCACCGGCGGAGGCUGAGCGGGAGGCCGAGGCUCCGCGGGGAAGCUAGGCCUCGACACCGGGCCGUGGCCGCAGCAGCACGGACAUGAUGGGCCGAACGGUCUGACCCUGCGCCCCGGAGGGAGACUGAAAUGGCAAUGAAACCGGGAGACAGUGUGCUGCUCGUGGGAGAGGGCAACUUCUCCUUCUCGGCCUCCCUGUGUGAUCGCGUGUCCCGAGAUAUCCAGGUCGUGGCCACCUGCUAUGAAAGUGAAGAAACAAUAACCAAACACGAACAUGCUGCCAAUAAUAUCAACUGCCUGUUGGAGAAAGGAGCAGAGGCCCACUUUCUCGUGGACUGUACCAACAUCCAGGAAUGUCCGUCUUUAAGAAGCAGGCUUUUCGACAGAGUUAUCUUCAAUUUCCCACACUGUGGCAGGAAGGCUGGAGUGAAAAAAAAUAGAGAGCUAUUGGCAAAAUUUUUCAGGAGCUGUGCAGAGGUGGUAACUGCGACAGGUGACAUGCAGGUUACCCUGUGUCGGGGGCAGGGGGGGACUGGUGCCGACCAGCCCGCACGCCACUGGCACGACAGCUGGCAAAUCGUUGCCCAGGCCGCAGGAGCAGGGUUCAUCCUGAGUGAAGUGAACGCAUUUGACGCCACCUGUCACGGUGGCUACACCAGCACAGGUUACAGGAGUCAAGAUAAGUCCUUCCGUGUGGAUGGAGCGUUGACACAUGUCUUCACGAGAAGUUUGCCAAUUGAUAAGAUGAAGCCGUUUACAAUGGAAACUAUAAUUGGGAAUGAAUACUGUUCCUUCCGCAUCCCUGAAGAACUUGCUGAUAAAAUAAACAGGAAUUUUCUUCAGGAAGGUUCAAAUCACCCAGCGAACGUCAUUAAGGAUCUGUUGAAAAAGCGGAUUGCAGCCAAUGUAGCUGUUCAGGAACUGGAGGACCAGUUUCCUCUGCUAUUAGAAUAUCGUCCUGGAGACCCCCGCAUGGACUCUGAGGUUUGUCAGCCUGAGCUUUAUUUUGUUACCCGCUCAAACUGUGGGGCGGAUCAGUGCAGAUGCAGAGAUGGUCAAUGUUUUAGCAGACCCCCUUGCUGUGAAUGUUCAGUACCCAUGUCGAAUCUGAGCCAAGGAGACAAAAACGUGGACUGCAAGCUGCUAAACUGGGCUGAGGAUCCCGACUUGAGCAAGGUUUGCUGCAGGUACUGUUUCCGCCCCAGUCUGAUGGGAUACCUAGACAAAGUGCUGCAAAGACCAGACUUCAGAGCUGGAGUCAUCUAUACACUCAGCGGCACUGUUUUCAGGAAACGCCCGAUUACUCCACAAACCAUGCCUGCAUUCCAUGAGAUGGUGCUGGUUGGUGCUUUUAAUGACAAACGACAGCCAGAUUUCCCCCACCGAUUUAUGAGCUCUGUAGAGGACACCAUCACGUUCCUGGUGACGUCAACCUUGAGAACCAGCGGUUCAGAAAUCUCCCAGGUGGAUCAGAACUUGCAUCCAACUGUCCUGAUGGAGAAGACCAGUGGAAAAUGCUGGAAUAUUUAUAUUAAGGACAUGGUUCCGUCAGACUUUAUAAACAAUGCUCUUGGAAAGUUGGAUCUCUUUCCUGGUCAGCAGAUGGGUGGUGAGUUGAGCGUCUGUGUUGCUUCAAUAAACCUUGACCUGCUGUCCAUGGUGCUCUACCACAUACCUGACUGGAGGCUGCUUUGGACAUUCGACGAGCGCUUUUUAAACCAGCUGGGCGGGUCAGAAAUGAAACCUUUCCGUGAUUUCUCGCUCUACCCGCCCGUUUACACGCACGAUCUCAGUUUCUGGGCGGGCAGCGACGAGAGGCCAGACGAACUGGAGGUCCACGCUGUUGUGAGGCGGGUCAGCAGAGAGACGGUCAGACGUAUGAUACUGAUCGACAGUUUCUGUCAACCUCACACUGAGCGGAGAAGCCGCUGUUACAGGUUGACGUACCAGUCGUGUGACCGAGCCCUCUCGUACAGACAAGCGCUGCAAAUGCAGCUGGAUCUCCGCGAGGAACUGCAGAAAGCGUUCCAAAUAACUCUCCGAUAACGCCCUUCCACCGGCAUUUACGUUUUCCACCUUAGUGCAGCACAAUGGCGCAGUGGCGGAGUUGCUGCCUCACAUCGCCGGAGACACUGUGCAGGAGUAGCUCAUUCGGCCCUUCGAGCCUGCACCGCCAUUCAAUAUGAUCAUGGCUGAUCAUCCAACUCAGUAU